UCCAGCCCGGGAGCUUGCUGCCGCCGCCACCAGCCAGCCCUUCGCCGCCUCCUCUUCUGCACUGCACAGACCAGUCGCUGGGGCCCCUCUAUUGCAAUAAAAUGUUUGACGGCUCCCUCCUGCCUCUCUUAUUUCCUUUCCUGCUGCUCUGGGGACUGGACACCGCCACAGCCGGCGGCGCGGAGCUGGAAGUGGCCAUCCCGCAGCGAGUGGCGCUGGAGAAGAUCCACCUGCUGCAGCCGGCCGGGGCCGGGGCCGGGGCCGGGAGCAGCCCCCGGCGCUCGCCGCCCGAGGAGGAGGCCGUGCUGCUCCGCCUGCCGGCCUCCGGCCGGGAGCUCUACGUGCACCUCCGGCGGGACCUGCACUUCCUGGCGCGGGGCUUCGCGGUGGAGGAGCCGGGAGAGGCCCGGGCCCGCCGCCGGCCCCCGGCCGAGCAGCUCUGCUUCUACACGGGACACGUGCUGAACCGCAGCGACUCCUUCGCCGCCGUCAGCACCUGCGCCGGGCUGAUUGGCUAUAUCCAGAUUGGAACAGAACAGUUGCUAAUCCAACCUGUCAAUAUCUCGGAGACCUCGUUCAGUGGAAGAGAGCAUUUCAUCAGGCACAAACGAUCCUCGAAAUCCAGCUAUCCUGCUAAAUCCCAGGUCCCUGACCAGCCCUGCAAAGUCAUAUCAGAAAAGAAGAGACAAAAGAAGGUGAAACCAGCGAAUGACUGGAGAGAGCGAAGAAAUGCCAUCCGACUCACCAAUGAGUAUACAGUAGAAACCCUGGUAGUGGCUGAUGCUGAUAUGGUGCAAUACCAUGGUGCUGAGGCAGCCCAAAGGUUCAUCCUCACAGUUAUGAACAUGGUGUACAAUAUGUUUCAACACCAGAGCCUCGGAAUUAAAGUCAGCAUUCGGGUGACCAAGCUAGUCCUCCUUCGAAACCGUCCCGCAAAACUGUCCAUUGGGCACCAUGGAGAGAGGUCUUUGGAGAGUUUCUGUCACUGGCAAAAUGAAGAGUAUGGUGGAGCAAAGUAUCUUGGCAAUAAUCAGGUUCCUGGUGCAAGAGAUGAUACCCCUCCUGUGGAUGCUGCUGUCUUUGUUACCAGGACAGAUUUCUGCGUACACAAAGACGAACCCUGUGACACAGUGGGGAUCGCUUACCUGGGAGGUGUAUGUAGUGCCAAGAGAAAGUGUGUCCUUGCUGAAGACAAUGGUCUCAAUCUGGCAUUUACCAUUGCACACGAACUUGGGCACAACAUGGGGAUGAGCCAUGACGAUGACCAUUUGUCCUGCGCAGGAAGAUCUCACAUAAUGUCUGGAGAAUGGGUGAAGGGCAGGAACCCCAGUGACCUUUCUUGGUCUUCCUGCAGCCGUGACGACCUUGAAAACUUCCUAAAGUCCAAGGUGAGCACCUGUUUGCUGGUAACAGACCCCCGAAGCCAGUAUGCCGUGCGGCUUCCUCACAAGCUGCCAGGGAUGCACUACAGCGCCGAUGAACAGUGCCAGAUCCUAUUCGGGACCAAUGCCACUUUCUGUAAGAAUAUGGAGCAUUUGAUGUGUGCUGGGCUGUGGUGCCUGGUGGAAGGAGACACGUCUUGUAAAACCAAGCUGGAUCCCCCGCUGGAUGGCACAGAAUGUGGGGCAGACAAGUGGUGCCGAGCUGGGGAAUGCGUCAGUAAAACUCCCAUUCCUGAGCACGUUGAUGGAGACUGGAGCACGUGGAGUCAGUGGAGCAUGUGCAGCAGGACGUGUGGCACCGGUGCCCGAUUCAGACAGCGGAAAUGCGACAAUCCCCCCCCUGGGCCAGGAGGCAAGAACUGCCGGGGAGCCAGUGUGGAACACACAGUUUGUGAAAAUUUACCCUGCCCUAAAGGAGUGCCUAGCUUCAGGGACCAGCAAUGCCAGUCUCAUGACAGAUAUACCAACAAGAAGAAAAGCCUCUUGACAGCUGUCAUCAUUGAUGAUAAGCCCUGUGAACUCUUCUGCUCUCCUCUGGGGAAGGAGUCCCCUGUGCUGGUGGCAGACCGGGUUCUUGAUGGUACUCCAUGUGGGCCUUAUGAGACUGACCUCUGCGUACAUGGCAAGUGCCAGAAAAUCGGCUGCGAUGGGAUCAUUGGCUCAGCUGCCAAAGAGGAUCGCUGUGGGAUCUGCAACGGAGAUGGCAAAACCUGUAAAGUGGUGAAAGGAGACUUCAACCACACCAAGGGGAUGGUAACCAAUAGUCAUUGUAAGAAGGUUUCCACGUGUGUGAUGGCAAAAGCAAAGGCUGUUCCCAAGUGUUUCUCGUGUUAUAUUGAAGCAGCUGUGAUCCCUGCGGGUGCUCGACGGAUCCGAGUGGUGGAGGAUAAACCUGCCCACAGUUUUCUGGCUUUAAAAGAUUCCAGUAAGAGAUCCAUUAACAGCGACUGGAAAAUUGAGCUUCCUGGUGAGUUUCAGAUCGCAGGCACUACUGUCCGGUACGUGCGAAGGGGUCUGUGGGAGAAAAUGUCUGCCAAAGGACCAACUAAAAUACCACUGCACUUGAUGGUGCUGUUAUUUCACGACCAGAAUUAUGGAAUUCAUUACGAAUACACCAUUCCUGUAAACUAUACCGCUGAAAACAGAAGCGAGCCAGAAAAACAACAGGAUUCUUUGUACAUCUGGACACACAGCGGAUGGGAAGGAUGCAGUGUGCAGUGUGGAGGAGGUGAACGUAAAACCAUUGUGUCCUGUACUAGGAUCGUUAACAAGACCAUGAUGCUGGUGAAUGACAGUGACUGCCAGCGUGUGAUGCGCCCUGAACCCCAAAUCAGAAGAUGUAACACACACCCCUGCCAGUCACGGUGGGUGACAGGCCACUGGAGUUCUUGCUCUGCCACCUGUGAGAAAGGCAUCCAGUACCGGGAAGUGACUUGUGUUUAUCAGUUGCAGAACGGCACCUACGUUAACACCAGAGACCUCUACUGCCUGGGCAACAAACCCACGCCAAUACAAAGCUGUGAAGGCCAGGACUGCCUUUCCAUCUGGGAGGCUUCAGAAUGGUCAAAGUGCUCAGCAGAUUGCGGCAGGGGAAUCCAGAAGAGAACAGUAAUGUGCACGAAUUCUCAAGGGAAAUGCGAUGCAGCCACCAGGCCAAGGGAUGAGGAAGAGUGCGAGGAUCACACAAGCUGUUAUGAGUGGAAAACGGGGGAUUGGUCUAAGUGCUCCUCAACCUGCGGGAAGGGCCUCCAGUCACGCGUGGUGCAGUGUAUGCACAAAGUCACCGGCCGCCAUGGCAACGAGUGCCCUGUCCUAUCCAAGCCAGCAGCCUACAGACAGUGUCACCAAGAGGCCUGCAAUGAGAAGAUAAAUGUCAACACAAUUACCUCGCCCAGACUCGCUGCUCUCACAUACAAGUGUACAGGGGACCAGUGGACAGUGUACUGCAGGGUGAUCCGUGAGAAGAACCUGUGCCAGGACAUGAGAUGGUAUCAACGUUGCUGCCAGACAUGCAGAGACUUUUACGCAAACAAGAUGCAGCAGAAGAGUUAAUGAACUGGUGCUGCUGCUUAGGGUAUUACAGCUAUUUCUAUGUAAAUCACGAACUAGUAGGUCUGAGUACUGGAACUUAAUGAGUUGCUACAAUGUGGUGGAUUCCAAAGCAUACCUAAUAAGACUUGAAACUAAUUCUGCAGACUGGAUGUACCAAAGUAAUCCACUCAUCCACCUUAAAAAAGAGUCAUCUCAAGGAGCCAAUCACGUAGAAUUUUAUUGUGUUUUGACAUCAUUACAUUUUUCAUUACUGCUUUUUACUUUAAUAUAUUAUUACCAGCCACUGGAUGGCUUGCUACCAUUUAAAAAAAAAAAAAAGGACAAGAGUUGCAACGUGAUUAAAUU